GGCUUUCCAGUUUCGACUACGGAGUCCUGUCCGGAAGCCCUGGCCGUCGCAGCGAAGCCAGCUAUUUAUAUCACCUCCUCCAUCCACGGAUCUCGCCUGGGCCUGGUCGUGGCCCCUGGUGGGGAGAAAAGCUUGGGAAGCUUAGCAGAGGGCCGAAUCGGGCGUCUGAGACAGGCCGGUGGAGCGCACCAAUGGCACUAGACCGCCAUCGCUGCACACGCGUCGCAUCCACAGCAUCAUGGGGAUAUUCACUCGCCCAUCCAGGGGCGCAUGGGUCUGGCGGCCGGCGCGCAGUGGCUCAGGCGUCCUGCCGGCCUAUCGCCUGUCGAUCUCGUCUCCAGAGGGGGGUAGAAGUAUCAGCCCGUCUCAGCCCUCGCUUUCUCUCACCCCGGUCUUUCUUCCUUCUCAUCCAACUCAGACACAGUCCUUUCACGCUGCGGACCUCUUUCUUUUCAUCCCAGCGUCUGUUUUAUUGUUCGUCGGCUCUCUUCCCAGUCUCUCGCUCAUUCCAUUUCAUUCUUUUUUUUUUCUCUCUUCCCUUCGUAUCGCUCGCUACUCACCUGCUCAGGGGUUGGUCGUUGGAUACGGUGUCUCUGAACUGGUGGAAUCCCGUUUCUGUCCAUUAG